AUGAAAUGGAUUGUGAUUUUGGUAUUGCAUUUAGCUGAUGAUUGUAAUGUUGAUGAUUAUGAUGCUGAUGGUGCUGGUGGUUGUUGUGAUGAUGGUGGUGGUGGAUGUGCUUAUGGUGGUGAGCUCGGUGUUGGUGGAUGUGCUUAUGCUGGGAAGCACGGUGGUGGUGGAUGUGCUUAUGCUGGGAAGCACGGUGGUGGUGGAUUUGCUGAUGCUGGGAAGCACCGUGGUGGUGGAUGUGCUUAUGCUGGGGAGCACAGUGGUGGUGGGUGUGCUUAUGCUGGGGAGCACGGUGUUGUGACUGAUGGUGGUGAGCACGAUGGUGAUGAGCAAGAUGGUAGUGGUGACUGUCAUGAGGGUUAUGAACAUGGUGAUGGUGGUAAUAAGCACGGUGAUGGUUGUGGUGGAGGUCAUGAUGGUGAUAACAAGAUGGUAGUGGUGAUUGUCAUGAGGGUUAUGAGCACGGUGAUGGUGGUGAAGGUGAUAAGCACGGCAAUGGUGGUGGUGGUGGGCAUGAUGCUGAUGAGCAAGAUGCAUGGUGAUGGUGGUGGCCAUAAUGGUGAUGAACAAGAUGGUAGUGGUGAUUGUCUUGAUGGUUUUGAGUUAGGUGAUGGUGGUGGUGGUGGUCAUGAUGGUGAUGAGUACAAUGGUGGUGGAUCUCAUGAUGGUGAUAGAUACAAUGGUGGUGGUGCUCAUGAUGGUGAUAAGUACGAUGGUGGGCGUGCUCAUGAUGAGGAUAAGUACGGUGGUGGUGGUGUUGAUAAGAAUGCUGCUGAUGGGGGUGGUCAUGAUGGUGAUAAGAACGAUGGUGAUGGUGCUCAUGAUGGUGAUAAGUACGAUGGUGGUUGUGCUCAUGAAAAUGAUAAGCAUGGUGGUGGUGAGGGUGGUGAUGGUUGA